CGUUGGGCUUCUUCCCUUCAAAUGCAACUCGAGGGAGGCUUCCAAGGUCGGCCAAAUAAAUUAGUAGAUGGAUGUUAUUCGUUUUGGGUUGGUGCAUUGUUUCCUGUUUUGGAAGCUAUCAUGACACGACAACAGUUAGAAAAAAAUAAUACAAAUUGCGAAGAGCUUCGUGAAUUUGUUGCUCAACCUUUAUUCGAUAGAGAAGCACUUCAGGAAUAUCUUUUGAUAGCUUGUCAAUAUCCAAAGGGUGGGUUAAUUGAUAAGCCAAAACGUAGCCCGGACUAUUAUCACACUUGCUAUUGUUUAAGUGGUCUAUCGACUUCACAACAUCACGUAAUUUAUGACGUUGAAAAAGCUACAUCUUCAGGCGUAGAACAGGGUGAGCUCAAUGCUGGAGAUAGAUCCUUACUGUGGUCUGAAGACGAGACAAGGAUUUUAAUUCUUGGUGAUCCUAAUAACAUUGUG